UUAGUCAACAUAACAUCAACAUCACUCAGCACUCUUCACUACUUCACUAGGACUAGGCUUGUUUUGUUAGGGUCUCAGUUCACUAUAAAAUCAAUCUGUAAACAGUGAACUAGUGAAGUUAAGUUAACCUAUAAACCUAAGUUAGUCAAAUGUAGAUGACAGCAGCCCCAAGUUAGGCUAGUAGAAUCAUUCAACUGUGAACUUGAAACAACUUAGGCCUAAGAACCUACUGAAAAGUUGAAUAAUUUGACAUUUUUUGCUAAGUUUAAAAUGGUUACUAAUCGGACUAUGUUCACUGUGAUUUCAGCCGUAGUUUUAAUCUUCCUUUUUACAUCGGGUGGGUUUUGCUUAUCUCUUAAGAAGAAUGGUCCUCAUCCUCAACCAACUCCGCCCAAACCUAUUGUUAUUUGGCAUGGAAUGGGUGACAAUUGCUGUAAUCCUCUCAGUGUUGGAUACAUCAAGUCCUACAUAGAGCAACAGCUUCGAGGAGUAUACGUGUUGUCUCUAAUGAUUGGGAAAAACAUUAUUGAGGACACGGAGAACGGAUACUUCAUGAAUGUAAACCACCAAGUAGAAUAUGUUUGUCGUCUCCUGGCUUCAGAUGACAACCUUACUCAAGGCUACAACGCUAUUGGUCUCUCUCAGGGUGCUCAGUUCUUGAGAGCAGUUGCGCAGAGGUGUCCUUCUCCCAGAAUGCAUAACCUUAUUUCCCUAGGAGGCCAACACCAGGGAGUGUACGGCCUUCCUCACUGUUUCUAUCCUCCUCACAAGUACUGUGACUACAUGCGCUCGCUAAUCAACAUAGGAGCUUACUGGGGAUGGGUCCAAAACGAGCUAGUUCAGGCAGAGUAUUGGCACGACCCAAUGGAUGAAGACAAGUACAAGCAGAACAGCGUGUUUAUAGCAGAGAUAAACAACGAGAUAUACCAAAACAACACAUACAAGGAGAACUUGUUGAAACUGGAUAACUUUGUUUUGGUCAAGUUUGAGUACGACAAGAUGGUGGAACCCCAUGAAUCAUCCUGGUUCGGGUUUUAUACACCAGGUCAAGCUGUUGAGAUCACACCGUUGAACCAGUCAAAAUUGUACAUUGAGGAUAGACUAGGGCUACAACAGCUGGACCAGUCUGGCAGAUUGCAGUUCCUCUCAGUCCCCGGUGAUCAUCUACAGUUCACCAUCGAAUGGUUUAAACAGGCCAUACUUGAUAAGUACCUGAGUUAAGAUAUAGGGUACAGCCGUUUCUUGCAUCAUGAAAUGUCUGUUAAAAUAUCCAUUAGCAAAAAAAAGUUAUGACAUAGUAUAUAUUGUGAUUUUUAGUAUCAUUUAGGUUUUGGAAAUAAUCAAACAAUUGUGUAACCUAAAUGAAAGUCACAAGUUAUGAAGCUACAGUUGAUGUGAAAUGGUCUCGCAUAACUUGUAGAUAUUAUUAUUUUUGGCGCCAUUUAGGGUAAUAUCUAUGAUAAGCUUGAUUUCAUUGUAACCUUAGUCGUGCCUUAUGGGAUUGUGAUUUAGAACCUUGCCAAAGACAUGGUAUUUUCAUAUAGAAUUUAUUUUUUCGUGAUGUUAGAUUUAGUUUAGUGUGCCAAGUAUUGUAUUGUCAUUUGUCACCAACAGUACAAUAUCUUUUAAACUUCUGUUUAUUUUAUGAUGAUUAUUGUGACAAGUAGGCUGUGUUAUUCAUCUAUUAUGUUUAAUUUUGAGUGCCAUUCCAGACUUUUACUUAAUUUUAGCAAGUUUUAUAUUAUUGUUUACAUUACAAAUCUAUUGAAAACUCCAUACAUUGUAUGGAUUUAUCCAUUAACAUUAACGUA